CUAGUGUGCACCACACUAUGUAUUAUUUCGAGAUCAUGUGCGCCACAUCACAUAUUACUUUUGAGUUGCAAAAAUGAGCGGAGCCCCUGGCAUGAUGGCAGGCGGUCCUCGUGGCGGUGUGAACGUCGGGGGCGGUAGCUCCACUGGCCGAGCAAUCUUCGCACUCUGUGGCGGUCUAGCUGGAGCAUACUAUGGCUUCUACCUACAGAGCAAAUACAUGGAAGAGCGUCGAGUCGCCGCGCUGGUGGAAACCGAGGCACGCAAGCGUCUUGAAGCAGAGAUGGCCGCCCAGAAGUAAACAAUGUUGAAAAAAUACAUCCAUUUCUGUGAUAAAUAC